CACACACAAACACACACAGGCUGUAAAAAGCUACUAAAGCAAACUGAAAAUCAGCUGUCUCUGAACAAAUUUUGUUUUUAUUUUGUUUUUUCUUUUCGACCUCUCGAAUUGCGUGAUAAAAAGCAACGUAAAUGGUUUUCCAUUGUUAGAUAAAAAAGCGCAGCGUACCAGCGAGCAGUUAGCCCUUGGAAAUGGAGAGCUUGCAGGUAAACACGAGCAGCGGCCCGGUGCGCGGAAAACUCUGCACAGCCGUGUACGGCGAACAGUAUGUCAGCUUCGAGCGCAUUCCGUAUGCGCAGCCGCCGGUAGGUCGCCUCCGGUUCGUGGCCCCCGUGCCCGUGGAGCCCUGGUCCCAGCCACUGGACUGCACCCAAAAGGGUGAGAAGCCGCUGCAGUUUAAUCACUACACCAAGCAGCUGGAGGGAGUCGAGGAUUGCCUGUACCUCAAUGUGUACGCCAAGGAGCUCAAUUCAGCGAUUCCGCUUCCACUGAUUGUCUUCUUUUUCGGCGGUGGCUUUGAGAAAGGUGAUCCCACCAAGGAUCUGCACAGUCCGGAUUAUUUUAUGAUGCGUAAUGUGGUGGUGGUAACUAUUUCCUAUCGCGUUGGCCCCCUGGGCUUCCUAAGCCUAAAUGAUCCCGCUGUUGGUGUGCCCGGUAAUGCUGGACUCAAGGAUCAACUGCUAGCCCUAAAAUGGAUCAAGGAGAAUGCUCUUAACUUCAAUGCGGAUCCCAAUAACAUCACCGCUUUCGGUGAGAGUGCUGGAGCUGCCUCCGUGGAUUAUCUGAUGCUAAAUCCCAAUGCUGAGGGACUGUUUCACAAGGCCAUCAUGCAAUCGGGCAAUGUGCUCUGCUCCUGGUCCCUCUGCCCCAUCCAGAAGUUACCCCAUCGACUGGCCGCUCAUUUGGGAAUGGAGGGUGCAGACUAUGUCUCCGAUGCCAUGGUUCUCGACUUCCUACAAAGCCUGCCGGGGGAAAAACUGGUGCAACCCUAUCUGCUCAACCAGAAGGAGCAUAUGGAUGACUGUGUCUUUCAGUUUGGACCCAUGGUGGAGCCCUAUAAGACCGAGCAUUGUGUGCUGCCUGCACAUCCCAAGGAUUUGCUAAGCCAUGCCUGGGGCAACCGGAUUCCAGUCCUGAUGAGUGGCACCUCCUUCGAGGGACUUUUAAUGUAUGCCCGGGUGCACAUGGCACCGUAUCUGCUGACGAGCUUAAAGAUGGAGCCAGAGCACAUGCUACCGCUGGAUGUGAAGCGAAAUUUGCCUCAGGCUCUGGCUAGACACCUGGGCGAGCGGCUGCAGGAGACGCACUUUGCGAAAAGCGACCUGUCGUCCAUGUCGCCGGAAUCAUUACGGGCUUACUGCGAGUACGCCAGCUACAAGGUCUUCUGGCAUCCCAUCCUGAGGUCUCUAAGGUCCCGACUGCGCCACUCCAAUGCGCCCACAUACCUGUACCGCUUCGACUUUGAUUCGCCGACAUUUAAUCAUCAGCGCAUUAAGUACUGCGGGGAUAAAUUGAGGGGUGUGGCCCACGUAGAUGAUCAUUCGUAUCUUUGGUAUGGAACCUUCUCCUGGAAGCUGGACAAGCACACCCCCGAAUUCCUCACCAUCGAACGGAUGAUCGACAUUGUGACUAGCUUUGCCAUUACAUCGAAUCCGAACUGCAAGCUAAUCACGGAGCAGCUGCCACGAACCAAGGAGUGGAAGCCCUUGGAUAGUAACUCGUCCUUGGAGUGUCUGAAUAUCUCGGAUAGCAUUAAGCUAAUAGAGCUGCCAGAACUCCAGAAACUCAGGGUUUGGGAGAGUGUGUGUCAGUCAUCGGCCUAGUCGUGCAUAUAAAAUGCCAUUAUAGUUCAAAUUUAAGUGUAUCAAAAUUUUAUCAAUAGAAUAUAAUAGUUAUAUUUGCAAUGA